AGCGCGCGCAAGCCCCAAAGUGAGCGAGAUGUCCCUUUGGGGAGCAGUCCCUCUGCACCCCAGAGCGAGGAGGACGCAGGGGUCAGAGGUGGCUGCAGGGUGGGCAAGGAAGGCACCUGUGGAGGGUGGAGGGCUGGAAGCCCCAGAGCAGUCAGGAGGGGAGGCCAGCUGGUGCCAAGAUUGCUCAGAGGCUUCUGGGGCCGAGUGGGACAAGCCGGAAGAGCGCAGCCAUGCCUCACAGCUCGGACAGCAGUGACUCCAGCUUCAGCCGCUCUCCUCCCCCUGGCAAGCAGGACUCAUCUGAUGAUGUGAGAAAAGUUCAGAGAAGAGAGAAAAAUCGCAUUGCUGCCCAGAAGAGCCGACAAAGGCAAACACAGAAGGCUGACACCCUGCACUUGGAGAGUGAGGACCUGGAGAAACAGAACGCAGCUCUUCGCAAGGAGAUCAAGCAGCUCACGGAGGAGAUGAAGUACUUCACGUCAGUGCUGAGCAGCCAUGAGCCCCUGUGCUCCGUCCUGGCCAGCAGCACCCCCUCGCCCCCCGAGGUGGUGUACAGCGCCCACGCCUUCCACCAGCCGCACGUCAGCUCCCCACGUUUCCAGCCCUGAGUUUUAGGACAAAGGCGAGCAGAGCCCUGCCACCAGGGCUCAGGAAGAGCACAGACUGUGGCCAUGUGGCCCUCGUCCCAGAGUCCUCUCUCCAUCUGGAGACCCAGUGGCCGAGGCCUGGACAAGGAUUAAAUUCAGGGACUGUAGCGGCCAGAGAGGCGCGGGACCUCCCAGCUGUGCAGAGCCAGCCCGUGAGCGCUGGCCCCCAUGUGGUGGAGGGAGGCCCAAUCCAGACUUGCAACCACCAAGUGCAAUGGCCAAGUCCCUUGGCACAGAGGGA